AGCCGGCGCCCCUUUACCUCAAUGCUGUACCUGCGUCCAGUUUGUUGAUCCUUUUGUCGUGGUACCUAUCCUUCUGCUUCGGGGCUUGUUCGCAGCGAAGAUCUUUGAUCGUUCACUUUUCCAUCGUCAACGAUGGUUGAAGUUGCUUCAAUUCGUGAACGGCUUACGCAGACUGCCCGAUCGGUCAUAGCCAUAACACGCUCAUUUGGUACUAAGCAAGAGUCGCAGGAAGCGUUGCAAAAGAUUUCAUUGAUGCUAUGUGAAAUCCUCAACCUUCUCUAUCAAAUUCGGGAGCAGCUAAGCUGGGCCGAGGAAAAAUGGGUCGUUGCACCAGCGCGCCUGAAUAUUGUCGAGGAGAUUCUCGGUGCCUUCGAGUCAACAGUAAAGACUAUGGAAACAAGCUUUCAGCCUGGAGGUGUGAGCAGCCGACUAUUCAGAAAAGGUCUUAUUGAACGAACCUUUCUACCACAACUGGAGCUGUAUAAAGUUGCUUUUCUCUUGCUCAUACAACCUGAAUCGCGGUAUGUUGGCCAUCUGGAACAUGGUAAAUUGGAUUCAGUAUGAACCAUGCUAACAGUAGCUCAGUGAGAAGAGUUUCAGCGAGCAGCAGCUACGAAACAGUAUUCGGGAAUGCCGAGACUUGGAGCUCAGCUCAACUCCAAAACCCACAAGCGAGGAAGAUUUCCAUAAUAUUACGAGCCCAAUAACCUCAAAGAAUUUCAUCGACCUCAGCAACAUGUGUCACAGACGGCAGAGAGACACCU